AUGCGUAUUUUGUCAAAACUUUUCGAACUUCAACCAGAUCCAUUUGAUUUUUCGCAACGACGAUUUUUUCGACUUUCAUUAUAUAAAGAUGUGAAAAAUGCAGUCGAAUUACGUGAAGCAUUGCGAUGUGGUUCGAUCGAUGCAGCGUUGAUUCGUGCCGAACUUUGUCUUGAAGUAUUUAUGGUUCUAGCCGCAGCAAAUCGAGCUGUUCAUCAGGCAGCACACAAUCGUUUAUCGACACGUUCAUUGCACGCUGAACUUGUUUAUUCCCUUUCACCUACUCGUAAUAUUGCUGAAUCCUUGCUUAAUUUUGGUAUAUCAGAAACAAGUAAGAAUCUAUUAAUUGGUUUAUUUGAUGAUGAAAAUGGUGAGAAAAUGAAAGAAUUAUCGAAGAAAAUUGAUGGAAAAUCGGUGAAUCUGGAUGAUUUACCAAAAUUUACAAAUUAUGAUCUCAUAAAGAAAGUUUAUAAAGUUGGCGAUUCUGAAUUUAAUCAUGAGACGAUAUGCGAUUUGAUUGUGAUGAAAAUUGCAACAAAGGAUUCCAUGAAUUAG